GGCCUUGUUCUCCUCCUUCCCAUGAUAGGUAGGUACGGACAUCCCCCAAAUCCUCUUCUUCUGCUCCGACCUCACCUCGCCUCCUUCCUCCGCCGACUCCCUCCCCUCCGCCAUUGCAGCCUCGCCUACGGCCUUGAGCUCGUCGCCGAUCCCCGCCACCGCCGCGACCUCUGCCUGCCCCCCAUGCCUCGGCCGGCGAAAAUCAGGAAAAAACAUGAGAAUGUGUUUGAUCAAUUGAUCAAGGCGAUAAAAGCUCCUGUGGACUUUGAUCUGCCGCCUGUAUUGAAAGAAUGGAAGUCAAAUUACUAUGUGCCAAUUAAGCGGAAUGCUUAUAUUACUCGGAAACGCGUUGAGGAUGAUGGCAUUUUUUGUUCCUGUACCCCUUCUGGAUCAUCCGCAACUUGUGACAAAGAUUGCCAAUGCGGGAUGUUGUUCUCUUGUUGUUCGUCGACCUGUAAAUGUGAGAAUAAAUGUGCUAACAAACCGUUCCAGCAUAGGACUUUGAGGAAAACCAAAUUAAUUAAGACAGAGAAAUGUGGCAAUGGGGUGGUAGCUGAGGAAGAUAUUAAAAAAGGAGAAUUUGUAAUCGAAUAUGUUGGAGAAGUUAUUGAUGACAGAACAUGUGAGCAGAGACUAUGGAAAAUGAAGAGGCAGGGUGACACUAAUUUCUAUCUUUGUGAGGUCAGUAGUAAUAUGGUGAUCGACGCGACCAACAAAGGAAACAUGUCGCGCUUCAUAAAUCAUAGCUGUGAGCCAAACACAGAGAUGCAGAAAUGGACUGUUGAGGGAGAGACCAGAGUUGGAAUUUUUGCUCUUCGUGACAUAAAAACGGGGGAGGAGCUGACCUAUGAUUACAAGUUUGUCCAAUUUGGAGCUGAUCAAGAUUGUCACUGUGGAUCUUCAAACUGUCGAAAAAUGCUUGGCAUCACAAAGCCUGUUAACUCAAUUGUACUUCAUAAUGGAAAUCUGUCACAAGAUCAGCAUGUCCGGAAGAAAAGAAAGACAUAUUUGGAGAAUUGUAUUGGGGAGAUUGUCCGUUUGUGGCAUCGACGUCACAGCAUGUAUCUCGCAGCAAGUAUAUAUGACUUCAAUGAGCGCAAUGGAAUACAUACAUUAUUGUUUACCGAUGCAACUAUUGAAGAAUUUGAUUUGAGAGAGGAAGAUUGGGACUUCUUACCGGAUCCAGAUGGUCCUGAGGAAGUGUGAGUGAUCUGAAGCUUCAUAUGAGGAUGUCAUCGCAACUGUGUCAAUCGGAUGAUUGUACUGUUGGGAUUUAACAUGUGGAAGUGUUUAGCUGCAAUCAUCCACCCACAAAUCAAUUCUUCAGAGCGUGUACCCAACAUGAUACUGUCCUCCUAAACUGUAAAAAGCUUUUUUCAAUUGUUGAAUGUUCAUUAAUUUUUUUCAGGUUUGUAUCAAUCGAAGUGCAUCUUGUGAUGCUUGUAAAAAUUGUUGGCUGGGUGAGUUUACAAUCGUUGUUGUAACGUGCGAUGGUGAUAGUUUAUUAGUUUAGUUUAUGCUGUUAUACCAUGUAGUUAUGCUUGUACUGAGAGCUACUUGAACCAUAAGAUAUUUCGGUAUGUCUGCUCUUAGAUUUGUAACGAGGACUUGGAACUCUAUUCGUGCUAAACCUGGGACUUGGCUUGGAACAUGUAAGAUGCUGCUAAUUGUCGAAGCAAGUGGCAUGUACUCUUAAGCAAGCAAUGCAAAUUUCAGUGUACUA